GGCGUCCUGGCCGGCGUCGAGGUGUGUCGCGGGCGGGGUGUCGCAGGGCGUGUCACGAGGUGAGGCGGGGGCUGUCAGGGAGGGAGCGCGGAGGGCGAGCGGCGACCCGGCGCACCCCUCCCCCGCCGCGGUCGCAGGCCCUUCCCGGAGAAGAUGGCGGAUCGCGCGGAGAUGUUUUCUCUUUCCACCUUCCACUCGCUGUCGCCUCCGGGCUGCAGGCCUCCCCAGGACAUAAGCCUGGAAGAAUUUGAUGAUGAAGACCUGUCUGAGAUCACUGAUGACUGUGGCCUGGGCCUCAGCUACGACUCAGACCACUGCGAGAAGGACAGCCUCUCCCUGGGGCGCUCCGAGCAGCCGCACCCCAUCUGCUCCUUCCAGGAUGACUUCCAGGAGUUUGAGAUGAUCGAUGACAAUGAAGAGGAGGAGGAGGAAGAUGAUGAGGAAGAAGAAGAGGAUGAGGAUGAGGAUGAGGGGGAGAGCAAGGAGGGAGGAGGCCCUGGCUCAGAAGUACCUGCCUCAGAACACCUUAUUCCCUCUCCUUCCUUGGAGGAGCCCCACAAACACCGGCCCACUACACUCCACCUGACUACACUCGGUGCCCAGGACUCCCUGAACAACAAUGGGGGCUUUGCCCCAGUGCCCCCAGCCUCCUGGAAGGAGACAGCACUGUGUUCACCACCCCAGGAGUCCCUCAGAGAGCUCUCUGGUUCCCCCCUGCCCAUGGAAGCAGGGCCUGGUGAGGCGCAGUCAUCAGUGAGCCCAGGUUGUGACUGCGAAGGGAACCGACCUGUGGAGCCCCUGGCGCCAGGUGAAGCCUCGCCCUCCUCAGAUCCCGGCAUUGAGGCCGACCUUAGGAGCCGCUCGAGUGGUAGCCGCGGGGGACGUCGCAGCAGCCAGGAGCUGUCGUCCCCGGGCUCAGAUUCGGAGGACGCCGGCGGAGCGCGCCUUGGGCGGAUGAUAUCGUCCAUCUCAGAGACGGAGCUGGAGCUGAGCAGCGAUGGCGGCAGCAGCAGUGGCCGCUCCUCGCACCUCACCAACUCCAUUGAGGAGGCCUCAUCGCCUGCCUCAGAGCCGGAGCCCGAGCCCCGGCAGGAACCCCUGCGCCGCCCCGCCUUCCUGCCGGUGGGCCCGGACGACACCAACAGCGAGUACGAGUCUGGGUCAGAGUCGGAGCCAGACCUCAGCGAGGACGCAGACUCACCCUGGCUGCUCAGCAACCUGGUGAGCCGCAUGAUCUCCGAGGGCUCCUCGCCCAUCAGCUGCCCCGGCCAGUGCCUGUCUCCGGCACCGCGCCCGUCUGGGGAGCCCGUGCCGCCUGCCAGCGGUGCCACUGAGGACACCGGGGACCCGGCAGUGACAGUGGCGCCUGGGGGUGUGGAGUUGGUGGACAUAGAGACGUUGUGCGGGCCUCCGCCCCCUGCGCCCGCAGCGUCUCAAUCUGGCUCCGGGCAGCCGGGCCCUUGCCUCUUCCUCAGCAACCCCACGUGUGAUACCAUCACGCCACUGUGGGCUUCGCCUGGCCGCGCUACCCGGCCAGGCCGAGCCUGCUUUGCGGCCUGCUCUGAAGAGGAGGACGACGAGGAUGAGGAGGAUGAGGACGAUGCUGAGGACAGCACAGAGCCCCCGGGCGGCAGGGGCCCGGGCCCUGCAGCUCCGCUGGACGCCUCACUGGUGUACGAUGCAGUCAAGUACACGCUGGUGGUGGACGAACAUACGCAGCUGGAGCUGGUGAGCCUGCGGCGCUGCGCUGGCCUGGGCAGCGACAGUGAAGAGGACAGCUACGGGGAGGCCAGCGAGGAAGAGGCAGGCGCUGUGCUGCUGGAUGGUGGUCAGGGCCCUGGGGACACUUCUCCAGAAAGCCCUGACCUCACCUUCUCCAAAAAGUUCCUCAAUGUUUUUGUUAACAGCACAUCUCGAUCCUCCAGCACUGAGUCCUUUGGCCUUUUUUCCUGUGUGGUCAACGGGGAGGAGCGAGAACAGACUCACCGGGCUGUCUUCAGGUUCAUCCCUCGACACCCGGAUGAGUUAGAGUUGGAUGUGGACGAUCCUGUGCUGGUGGAGGCUGAGGAGGAUGAUUUCUGGUUCCGUGGCUUCAACAUGCGCACAGGGGAGCGUGGUGUAUUCCCUGCCUUCUAUGCCCAUGCAGUGCCUGGCCCUACCAAGGACCUGCUGGGGAGCAAGCGAAGUCCCUGCUGGGUGGAGCGCUUCGACGUGCAGUUCCUGGGCUCUGUGGAGGUGCCUUGUCACCAGGGCAAUGGUAUUCUGUGUGCAGCCAUGCAGAAGAUUGCCACUGCCCGGAAACUGACUGUCCACCUGCGUCCUCCUGCCUCCUGUGACCUCGAGAUCUCUCUUCGAGGGGUCAAGCUGAGUCUGAGUGGAGGAGGGCCUGAGUUCCAACGCUGCAGCCACUUCUUCCAGAUGAAGAACAUCUCGUUCUGUGGCUGCCACCCCCGCAACAGCUGCUAUUUUGGUUUCAUUACCAAACACCCACUGCUGAGUCGCUUCGCCUGCCAUGUCUUUGUCUCCCAGGAGUCCAUGAGGCCUGUGGCACAGAGCGUGGGCCGCGCCUUCCUGGAGUACUACCAGGAGCACCUGGCCUACGCCUGCCCCACAGAGGACAUCUACCUGGAGUAG